ACAAGCCCUUUCUUGCGGUGACGACCUACCCACGAGAACAUGCCUCUCGCAAAGGAUCUCCUUCAUCCCUCCCCAGAAGAGGAGAAGAGGAAACACAAGAAGAAACGCCUGGUGCAGAGCCCCAAUUCCUACUUCAUGGAUGUGAAAUGCCCAGGAUGCUAUAAAAUCACCACAGUCUUUAGCCAUGCACAAACGGCAGUUUUGUGUGUUGGCUGCUCCACUGUCCUCUGCCAGCCUACAGGAGGAAAAGUGAGGCUUACAGAAGGAUGUUCCUUCAGGAGGAAGCAGCACUAA